CGGGGAUUCAACAUGGUAUUUUAAAUACUAAAGAUGAACACCACAGAUAUAUUAAACCACUGGAUGUAACUAAGAAUGACGGUAUUUUGGGUCCUUUGGAUGGCCACUUUAAUAUAAUUUUGAAAUUUUAAUAAUGGAGGUUGAUCAUCUUCCAAAUAGAAGACCUCCCAAACCCAUUAAUCGAGCUCCUUUGCUCAGUCCUGAAAUUAACGUACAGUUGAAUGUCACGCCAGAGAAGAAGGGCUUUUGUGAGCCAUACUUGAGGCGAGAAGGGCAGCCACAUACAAAUUGUUAUAAUGGUGUGGUUACAAAAGACAAGUAAGCGUAUUUCUUGUGAAUAUUUUAAUAGUUUGCACAGAUUUAUUUUUUUUGCUAUAAAAUUCUACAUUUCUAUUUGGAAAGACAGGGGCCAUACUAGAGCUGUGCCACAGAGUAGGUACAUACAGAGGCGCCACUUCUGCUGGAAAACUGUAAGGUGUUUUGUCGGGCUGCCAUGUUCUAUAUCCAGUACCUGUACACCAGACUGCAAAGUUUGGAAAUUGCGCGCGGAAGAUUUCGAAAAUUUAAUAGUAAAUAUAUAGAAAGCAUAAAAAAUGCGCUCGGUGGAGAAAAUGCAGUCUGGCCUGUACAUGCACAGUCUUUAAUCUUUUUAAAGACUAAAGAUUAAAGACUGCACAUGUGCAUGUACUUGCUAAGAACAUGGUGGCCCGACAAAACACCUUAUGGGUUUUCAAGCAGAAGUGACGCCUCUGUAUGUAUGUACUCUGUGGCUGUGCGCUGGAGUACCGGAGCUACGGCAUAUUUUGUGGAAGCCGGAGUUGGAAAACUCCGGGAGACAAAAUUAUGAAAAAUUAUUUCAUAUUUCAAUGAACUUUUGGUAAUGGAAAAAUUAAGUUGAAUGAUUUGAGGGUAUUAUAAAGUUUAAUUACUUGUGCCAAUCCGAUUCAUGGCUUCGGAAAUUCUGCAAGCGCAUUGCUAUUGCUUUUGGUACAAAAAUCUGCUGACUCCGAUGUAUUUUGGCCAGACUGCAAAGUUUGGAAAUUGCGCACCGGUCAGAGAUUUAGAAAAUUUAAUAGUAAAUAUAUAGAAAGCAUAAAAAAUGUACGCGGAAGAUCUUCUGUACGUGGUGCAGAAAAUGCAGCCUGGUAUUUUGGGCGAAAAUACCACGCUGCUUGCAGUUUUACUUUCUACAAGACAUUGUAACAAAGCACCGAAGCACGUAUAUUUGGUAGGUAAAGGAAAAAGCUCAAAAAAGAAUAAAAUAAAUUCUGAAAUUACACUGAAAUACUUUCAUCUGCUUCUACUUUUAAAUAUGAAAUUUCCUUAAAGGUAGGGUACAGUCCGUGUGUAAACAAAGCCUUUGUUUACAUUUUGGUAUUCAAAAUAUUAAACUUUAUUCGACAACUAUUUAUAUUUUUAUGCUUCUACAGUAUAAUAAAUGAUCAUGAUAUAACAAUCAGGCUUUGCAAGAACAUAAAUGAAAUGAAAAUCUAAUUAAAGUGUUACUUACAUCACAGCAGGAGACUAUGUGAGCAUGCCCAGACCGGACUGUACCCUAUCUUUAAAAUUUCCUUGCUGGAGGUUUGACUGCCGGACCCGGAGCAAAAAUAACUGAAAUUUGCACAGCUUUAGGCCAUACCAAGAGAUUUCCAGGUGGCCAGGGUGCAUUCCAUGUAAAACGACACGCUGGAGUUAGGUCAUGAGCAUUAAAGUUAUAGAUUUUAGCUCACCAUUUGCAUUGAUAUGGAAUUACAAAUACAUUUUUCCAACAGCAUUUGAAGUGGUUGGGCCAUGGGCCCAGGUUGCAUUCCAUGUAUUAAAUGCCGAAGAUAUACCAAAUAUUAACUAUAGUAUAGUAUUGUAAUUUGCCAAACUCACGCUGAAAAUCUUCAGCGUAUUGCACUUAAAAUGCACCCUGACCCAUGGUGGAAAGUUGGGGUAUUGCGCUGAAUAUCUUGGCGUCCAAGGAUAUGUUUUUAUGCCAGUUUGGCACAAACCAAAGGGAAGAAUCAAUAGGUUCUAUUGUAUUUAUGUCUAUCGGACUGGAGUACAAAUAUCAUAAUGUGUCAACUUGACGUAAAUAUUCGGCACAUAAAAAAUAACUUUCCACUAUUGGACACUGGACAUGUUCGAAUUUUUCCAAAGAAUGAUUUUUUUGUAAUGAAAUCCACAUCUAACAUAAUGAAAUCCACAUCUUUAGCAUGAUGACAUCUGAUUGGCUUGUCACCACAAGAAAUUAUGCCAAUAAUAGUUAGAGCUUAGCUAAUAAUAGUUUGAAACUUUAGCAGUAAUUGGCAUAGGAAUUAUGUCAUUUCUCUACAAUUUUGUUCACGGAAGCAAGGAAAGAGUUCGAUAAUUUCAAACAGUUUGUACAUGGCAUAUCGUCUAAUUUCUCUCUUUCGACACACUAAUUAAAAACUAAAAGACUCUGACAAAUUUUACAAUUAAUGGAAAUUUAAAUCAUACACAGAACAUACAAAACCGCUAUUUAAUGAUUUGAAAAUAUUAAAUAUUUUCAAAAUUAACGAUUACCUUACCAGCUUAUUUAUGUACCGUUGCAACUGUACUAAUGAUUUACCUGACAUUUUUAAUGGAUACUUCAUAAAAAAUUCAAACAUUCAUGAACAUAUUGCACGCGAAAUUAAAAAAAAAUUGCAUAAAGUUUAUACAAGAACAAACUAUAGAAAACAAUCUGUUGUUAGUAAAGGUAUUGACAUUUGGAAUAAUUUAAGUACCGAGUUAAAAAAUAUUGGAUCAUAUAUGGUUUUCAAAAAAAAUGUGAAAACAUACUUUAUAUCACACCAAUCAGCUAAUUAAUCAUCCUAUUUUAAUGUAUAAAGUUUAAAAAAUCUGAAAAAUCUUGUAAAUAGACUAACUUUCCUUUAAACACUCUCACAAUUGUAUAUAUUUUCGUUAUUAUAUAAUUAUGUACUAUUUUUAUGACAUCAUGAAAUUAUACUAAGUAAAAAAAAUUUGUUAUAACUAGGGGUCUUAAAAUAAAAGCCCAAAAGGGUAAAUAGUUAAAUUUUAUUGUACUUUGGAAAAUUGGGCGAAAUAAAUAAAUAAAUAAUAAUAAUAAUAAAAUAAUUUAGUGUGUCGAAAGAGAGAAAUUAGACAAUAUGUCGUAUACAAACUGGUUGAAAUUAUGUCAUACAUGCCUAAUACAGUCAUUGUCAGGUGAUGAAGAUGGUGUCAGGUGGUAAACAAUAGAGAGUUUCAAAUUUAACUACCAACUACCAUUGAGGGACCAUUAACCAACCACAUGCAUACUAAGCCAGUGAACUAGGUAGUGGUAGCAAUAGUGGAAAACAAAUCUGAACCUCUUCAAUACCUAACUGACUGUCAGGUUGUGUUAGAUUGUGUAUAAUAUUAUGGUACUUGUCACUUAGAUAAUAUGAAAUCCAAUAUUGUUGUUGAUGUUGUGUAAGAUGGUAUCAUAAGGUUGCAUUGCCCUAUUACCUUGCUGCCUUGUUCAUUAAAAACUAUUUUAUCUUCAAUUUUAUACAGCUGCAUAUCCUAGAACUACAUAUAUAUGUUGAUUGAUGCUUCGUUCGUUUAAAAAUACAACCAUGUAUUGAACACAAGCUAUCAUUUGCUAAAAUAUCGAAAUAUUUGUUUAAAUUACAUGUAUUUGCCAGUCAAACACUUGGCCAUGGCAUAAUUUUGACACAAAUAUAAAAUAUGGUACAGAUCGAGUUUAGUUGGACGUACAAGUCUAAAAAUGCAGAAAUUCCAAAUUAAUGUUAUUUUCAGCUGCAAUUAUGUUUUUACAUUUAUUUAUUUCAUAUUACAACACUUAAUAUAUAUUAAGAAAUAACUGAGAAAAAAUGCUUAGGGGAUGUGGGUGCAUGCUGACCUAGGAAUUUUUGAAAUUUUGUUGCUCUAGAAUGCCAAUUUUUUCCAACCUAUUAUUAGCCUUUCUCACAAUAGAAAUUCUUGGUUUUGAUGUUUUUAAGCCCAAGGCAUUUAUUUUAAAGCUAGCUUGAACUACCAUAACUUUGUAAGGUUAGUAAUAGGGUACUGAAUAUACAGUAAUGCAAUUACUGGCAAAUUAGUAGACUAUAUAAGUAGGUUUCCAUUGUGAUCCUAUCUAAAUGAUAUAAUAAAAUAUGACUAGCACGUUUUAACAAUGCCAAAAGUACUCUUUAAAGUUGUUUCUGUUUACAUGUUUCAUCAGUGUACAGAUAUUAAAGGUUUUUAAAGAGUUUUCUAUUCUUAAUAUUUAGUUAUUUCGUCUUUUCCCUGCUAUUCUUAUUUAGUUAUUUCGUAUUUUUCCCCUCAGCGGAGUUCUACUACUGCAGUACAUUGUACAAAAUUCAAUUCAUCAUAAUUUAUCCCCAAUCAUAGUUAAUAUAUCUGCACAUGAGUUUGCUGACUUAUUAAGACAAGGAGAUGCAUGGUACACUUGGCUUUGUCCAGUUGAAUGUUACGAUGGUGUGUACAAUUGGUACAAAUACAAGAUCGACCUCGCCACUGAAUACAAUUUCAAUCUGAGUACUGCUUAUAUACCUGAAAGAUUUGCUUUUAUGCAUUUUUUAAAAAACUACAUUACAGAUAGUUUAAGAAAUGAAUAGUAACACACUGUUCUAGAAUAUGCCCAAUUGCAUACAAUAUAAUGAUUAAUGUAUUCAAGCGAAUCUAAUCUUCUAUAGGGUGGGGCUUUUAACAAACAAACUAGAUAUUCGGUCACAGUUAAAAUUUUCUUUGUCUUUGAAAAUACACCAAAAAGGCUGAGAGAUUCCAAACUUCAACACAAUACCUCACAGCAAAAACUGUUCCACAAACCAAAUGAGAGAUAUAAGAGAGGUUAAGAUACCCCGUUUUCGGUGUACGGGUACGAGUAGCAUGAUUUUGGUUAGCAAUAUUUUCGUCGAUAUCUGUACCUUUACUCGUAAUUAAGGUGCACAUUUUUCGCAUUAUAUCAUUGUCUAUUGCAAGAAAACAGAAAAAGUAUGAUCGAAUUACAGACAUCAGUAAAACAAGAUGACACUACUCGUACCCGUACACCGAAACCGGGGUAUCUUAACCUCUCUAUAAAUAUGAACUCGAACGAUCUGUGCCAGCGUAGGUAGUACCAAACACACCAGAAAAUAGAGAUGAAUAGGGAUUCAAGUCCACUACCUGGAAAAUGUAAAAUUAAUGCCAAGUUUGACGUUUCGAGCGAAAGUCCUUCGUCAGGAAGUUAGUUAAUAUGACCUGUGACAAUUGCGCAUAUUUGUGAUAAGAUAGACAAGUAUAUCCCAUACAAUUUAGCCAAAGCAUAGCAUGUUUUGGAGAUUGCAUACACAAGUUUAUUAAUAAUAUAUGUAAUAUUUUGAUAGUUUAAGUCCCUUCCAUUUUAGUUGUACUCAUUGCAUGGUCGUUCAUGGUGGCAGCCUCAGUAAGCCUUGGUAUAUGUCAACUCCGCUACAAUUAAGGAUAAUUAUAGUACACCCCAUGACUUACUGUACUUACUUACCAUGUUGAAGACCAUGUUUUUACCUUUGUUGUUUAUCUAGUAUUUUGAGCCAACCUCAAAUGAACACAACUGCUAUAGUAACACAGAAGAUAAAAGAACUGAAUCAAACGAAAUUUGAUGCACCUUCUUUGAUUAAACAAGAGUUGAAGAAAUCUGGAAAACUCCGUCAAGAUAUUGCAGAAAAAGCAUCAGAAGCAUUGAACUAUAAUUCGAAAGAGUCAACCUACCCUGGAUUGGUCUCCUUGGAUGUCUCUGCAAGUGAUCUUGCAUUUCAACAGAGGAAAAUAUUUAAAGAAAAAAAGGCAAACGAAGACAGGGAUGAACCAGAUAUAAUGAGCUUUAUGUCAGAUGAUCUUGAAUAUGAGAGCGCUAGUCUCUCGUGUCAUUGUAAGUCUGAAAGUGCAGAACCUGGGUUGUGUACUCAACAAACUGAAGAUGUAUUUAAGUUUUUUGAGCUCUUGGAAUGUUGGAAACGAUAGGAAAAACAAAUAUAUACACUAAAAUAUAGGCCAAUAUGUACAAUCACAAUCCGCACACCCGAAAAUCUACAGGGUGUAUCAAAAUAAACGCAAUUCAUCUUUUGUGCUUAAUAACUUUCGAAAUACUAUUUCUAGUUAAACGCUUUUAGGCUUACUUCAAAGCCUGUUCUUUUCUCUUUCAAAC